GUGCUAGUUUCUCAUGUGAUGAACCAAUAGUGUUAGAGGCGAUCACUUCGGCUCCCAAUUCCGAUUGGGUUUUCCGACUCUUUCUCUCUCCUCUCCUCCACCCUUUUUAAAACCAUCAAUUUCUAGUCCCUACUCCCUAAUUCAAUUUUGCGUCUGCAAAGCGUUCGUAGUUUGAUCGGAUCGGAAAAUGGCGGAGAUUGAAUUAAGAACAGCACCAGCUGAUAUUCGUUUCCCUACCACAAAUCAAACUAGGCAUUGUUUCACUCGCUACAUUGAGUUUCACAGGUGUCUGACUACAAAAGGCGAGGAAACUGCUGAUUGUGAAAAGUUCGCUAGAUACUAUCGUUCCCUCUGCCCUGGUGAAUGGGUUGAGAGAUGGGAUGAACAGAGGGCUCAGGGAACUUUCCCUGGUCCCCUGUGAUUGACCUGCAUGCUUUGCUUUCUAUGGCCAGUUCUGCAUGGGACCUAUGGAUUGAUCAACUUAAAUUUCAGACUUCAUGUGGCUUUUGAAGAAAGCAAUUGAAAUAAUAAAUUGAUACUGGAAACAGUUUGGAGUUGACAUUGGUACUAAAUCACCAUGUUGCUGACCUGGUUGAAAUGCACCCAGAGUUUUUCACGGGUUAUUUAAAUAAUGGUUUUAUGGUUUUCAGCAAAA